AUGGCUUCUCUAGCUUCGACUCUCUCGCUCUCUUCUUGUAAUCCUCGUUCUUCGAAGAGAAUAAAUGCUGCCAUUCGAUUCCCAUGGCCUCAAAAACUACGUCCAGCAGUUCCGAACCCAACAAAAAUCACUCUCGAAACAGCCGACCGACUGAAAACACCCGUUGUGACGUCGGUUGAGGCAAACGACGUCGGUGACGAAAUAGUUAGCAAUGAAGCAGUGCAUGGGCCAUGCAAAAGUAGCGCCUCAGCUUAUGCUGAUCAUCCUUCUUUUGCAAGGAUUCAACUUCAUGCACUCUUGGCGUCCAUAUCCGACAGGAUAGAGAUGCACAACAACAUGUGCGAGCAGCGAAACAACUGGAACCACCUCCUUCUGAGCUCCAUUAACAUGAUAACCUUAACCGCUACAACGAUCUCCGGGCUUUCCGUGAUUAUCUCCGCCUCUGGCGGACCGCUGACUUCAUCUUCAAGUUCAGCGCUUUUGGCUAUGAAAUUGUGUUCGGCCUUGUUGUUCUCUGCAGCAACGGGGAUGUUGCUUGUGGUGAACAAGAUCCAGCCCUCGCAGCUAGCCGAAGAGCAGCGCAACUCCGUAAGAUUGUUCAAGCAACUAUACAGCGAGGUCGAGUCGAGGCUCGAUGUUCGUGGUGAUUCGGUAACAGAGGCUGACGUGGAGGAAAUAGUGGAGAAGAUCUUGGCUCUUGAUAAAGCUUACCCUCUUUCCUUGAUCGGAAAGAUGCUCGAGAAAUUUCCUGGGAAAUUCGAGCCGGCCAUUUGGUGGCCUAUGUCAAGUGAUGGGGAUGAUAAUCAAGAAAAAGAGAGGGAUUCUUCAUGCGAGGAAAGAGAAAACAUAGAUGAUUUUCUGAAAAAUGUGGAGCAGAUAGAUAAUGGGUGGAGUGAGGAGUUGGAAGUGGAAAUGAGAGCUGUUCUUCAUGUGUUGAAAAGUAAAGAUUCCGAGGACUACAUGAGACUGGGGAAUCUGGUAUUGAAGAUCAACAAGGCUUUGGCCAUCUCCGGGCCUUUACUAACUGGGAUCGCGGCCUUCGGCUCAGUGUUCAUGGGGCCCACUGGUGGACCGUGGGCGGCAGUGGCGGCCGUCACCGGCGGCGCGCUGGCCGCGGUGGUCAACAGUUUUGAGCAUGGUUAUCAGGUGGGUAUGGUGGUGGAAAUGUACAGAAACUGUGCAGGGUUCUUCAGGCUUUUGGAGGAAUCCAUUGAAUCCACAUUAGUGGAGAGAGAAGUGCAAAGAAGGGAAAAUGGGGAGAUGUUUAGAUUGAAGGUGGCUCUCAAGUUGGGAAGAAGCUUGUCCCAGCUCAGAGAUUUAGCAAGAAAAUCAACUUCCUCCGGAGAUUAUGGGACCGAUGUGGAUGAAUUUGCGAGCAAGCUUUUCUGA